AUGGACUCCCUCUCCCAUCUACCCAUCGAGUGUCUCCAACUCAUCCUCCAAAACCUACUCGACAGCGGCAGCCUAUCCAUCCUGGCCCGUCUCCUCACCAUGAACAAGCAUAUCGCUUCCGUCACUCUCCCUUACCUCUACCGCAACCCCUAUCACCUCAUCUUUAACGGUGGGAAACCAUCCAAGCGAAAAAACAACGCCGGCGAAUUGCUCACCCGCACACUACUCGGUUGUCUUCCCCUUGCCACUCUCCCCAAGGCACUCGUGCUGGCCCUCAUAACCGACCAUCGACACCUUCCACCACCAACAACAGCCUCGCCCCUCGACUAUCUCGCCCAUGUCCGUCAUCUCAACAUGGACACAUCGGCUUCUCUCACGAUGGGUUGCUCUUUGUCCACCUUGGAUAUUCCUCCGGAACAACUCGCCUAUAUCCGUACAGGAGAAUUCAAGAAUCGGUACCGAUCGAACCCCUUCUCGUCACGAUACAUCGAAAGGUCGCGCUUCGAUACCAACGGGCAAAUCCUCCUGCAAUUCUUCCAUGUCGUGCUGCACCAAGAGGCCGUCUGGUGCCUGGCACACCCUAUCCUCGAACAGCUCCAAUCCUUCACCAUUCCCUUCAUGUCCACCAUCAAGCAGUACCACGAGGUUGUCGAUCGGUUCAGGAGCCUUGUAACUAUCCGCUUUGCCAUGUCCGAGAAGUAUGAUGUGCCUUACAACAAUUUAGUCCCCCCGGAAAAAGGAUCGCAUGACUACAUUGUGAAUCAAGACAUGGUUCGAUUUGUUCAGGCACAUGCGCUAGUUUGCAAGGGUCGCCUCAGGUCUGUUGUCUGUCUGGAGUUCUCGCGGUGGGGAUCGAUCAACAUGGAAUACGCCGACGGCAUCCGACGAGACAUCUUUCAGCUUCUACCGCCCCUGUCCAAGCCUACACUGCUUACAAAGGACAACUGGGUGCAAUUUUCGGCCCAUCCAGAGUCGACCGAUUUGACGCGUGUCCGAGAGUUCGUCAGUGAGGGUAUGCCAGAAUCGUGGGGGGAUAUCAUGUUCAACAACCGAUCGCCCCUCCAGCGUUGCCGGUCAUUGGAGCGCCUCGAUGUCGACAAUAUUCAUGCAAGGACUUUCAAGUGGGCCGUACAGGAGAAAAGAGACUUGGAUAGGACUGACAGGAGCAUUGCGAUCGGGAGCUGUCAUGGUCAUCGGGGAACACUGAUGCUGGAAGAGACAGCGCCGCCGCUUCAUCAAACACACGGCCUGGUCCCACUCGAGGUGGUCAAGAUCAGAAGGCUCGUCGCCCCAGGCGCCGACGAUAUCAACGACAUCUUCUUCGCCUUCAGUCACAGCCUAAUGGACGUCAGUAUCAACACGCGGAUCCCUGUCUCGUUGAAUCCUCCCAAAUCAAUCCAGCUCGGACAAGGAUGGAUCGAUCUUCCCAACUUGACUCGCCUAAGCCUAAACCUAGGCUCGAAUCGGCUGGUGGUGGAAUCCGAAGCUCUCUUCCGUUGCUCCAAUCUCACGUUACUACGAUUGAGGGACUUGACUUUGGAGUACUCGUGCCAAGACAUUGUGCCUUGCCCUCCCGUCAAGUUAGACCAACUUGAUUUUUUGCACUUAAGUGGCUGGCCAGCCUUGACGUUUGACCCGGCUACUCUUUCAUCGACAACAAGGCUCACAUACUUGAGCAUCCAAGUCCGACCAUGGCGCUAUGAGUACUUUGACCAAGCUCCUAGUUUCAUUCCACCAGUAGUAGAGCUCGAUCGGUCCUAUGGUUUCCAGAGUGAAUCGGCAUCGACGACAGACGAUUGGAUGCUUGAGAUGGUUCGACCUUUAUGGACUUGGGAUUGGCAUUUCCCUCUUCUCACGUCACUCAGUUUGUCGUCCGAGUUUGCUUUCCUGUUUGAGUUCAAGAUGCUUAGUGGAUGCCCAGCGUUGAGAACCAUGACUUUGGACAUACGUUCGUCGACCUCAGAAGAGCACACACGAUGUAUAGUCGAUGAAGACCUAUGGAUAACAACAGACGACAACGCCAACGUUAAAGGCCUCUCGGAUCAACCUUCCACGCCACCCUCUCAACCAACAACCGAAUUCUUCUGUGCGCCUGCCCUGACUCAACUGGAACUGAAUGGAGAAUGGGUGAUCGAAAACGAUAUUAUGCCAGUCUUUUUGACGGGCAUGUUCCCAAGAGUGACAGAUGUGUAUCUGAAUGGAUGGACAAGUACGACCACGGUGGAGAGCCUGCUUGAGCUGGUCAGAGCCAUGCCCUUGAGAUACGAUGAGACUGUGUCGUUACACAUAUCGGAAUUCUCACAUGACGACAUGGACAGACUUGGGAUUGUUGACUAUGACGAAGACGAGGAUGACAAGAGAGAUGCAUUAUCUAUCAACAUUUCCAACUACGACAACAGUGUCCACUAUCUUCUCUUGAAAUAUCUACCAGAAUAA